AUGACAGGAGACUGUGGAAACCGAAAACAUCCUGGAUUUCGAGUUUACGAAAAAAUUGCAGCUGCAUCAUUAGGGCAGGUGUUCUAUCUCAACAAGAGUGACGUGUCCACUGUCUUGGAAUAUGUCAGAUAUGUCGUGAAACAAAAAAAGAUUCAUCUGUUGUACGAGGUGAGGGAGUACGGAGGAACGAUAGAGCGCAUCAUACCUGUAGAUGAAAGCAUGACAGAACUGGUUUUAUCAUUAUCCGGCGAGAAGGAUGACAAGGACGUGCUCGACAUCACACUGAAGAAUCCACUAGGACGCACAUUAAAGAAGAGCGAUUACAGACAGGAAGGAUGGACCAUUGAUCUUCGAAACGUCAAGCUAAUACGACUGGGGAAUCCUCAACCUGGAAUGUGGCAGGUGAUAACGAAGUCACGAUUGAAACAUACAGUUAGAGUCUUUGGGCAUGGCAAUGUCGACUUUAAGUAUGGGUUUGCUCCAAAACUUCUGGAGCGAUUUGAAAUGGCGCAUUUAAGACCUGUUUCCUUCCGGAGGACUUAUCUUGUAGUAAAUAUCUCUGGCUUGGGAUCACCUGGUAUAGUCAACAAAAUUGCUUUACUGGAUUACUUCGUCUUUUCACCUUUCUUUGCCCUCAUGGCUAAUGGCUUCGCUCAUUUGCUGAUUAUGCCUUUGUUCAUCUCUACCUGUUGCAAAAUACACUGA